AUGGACCCUCCACUAGUGCCUAGACGGAGCCGCCCAACGAGGGCUACCGCUAGGAGAGCUACAACGGAAGCUGCAGACACAGUUGAUCCCAUCAAUCCUACCGACAAGGAGAAGAUUCGCCGGGCGAGGAAGCGAGCUACUGAUCGUCAAUCGCAGCGUGAUCACCGCGAGCGACAACGAAUCUACAUCAGACAAUUGGAGGAGACCGUUCAGUCCUACAAGGACGCCUUCUCCAGUGAUGGCAGCAGUGAUCUAGCUGCGUUGCUGAAGGAGAACGAGAAGUUGCAGGCUAGGUGUACAUGUCUUGAAGCUGCCUUGGCUCGGAUCAAGAACUUGGCAAGCGCUGUGCAUGUUAGUGACGACGUCUGUUGUGGCGAUCAAGAUCCCCAGAAUUUCUUUGCGAGAAACCCUCAACAAGUUAGUGUCUCGACCUCGCCCUCCGCUGAGCUUGAUAGUCCGGGCCCGUCUGAUGGUCUGCUUCAUGUCGGUCAGCCUGUCUCAGAUGCCGGCGUGAUGGAUGUCACGACUGAGCUACCUCCUCACGAGAUGGAUCACUUCGACAUUUCCUGCGACGGCACGGCAGUAUUUGAUACCACAAUGCCACUCGCCAACCGAGUCCAGGAGCUCGGAGCUGGUGAUGACCUCGACCGCUGCAUUGCCAGCAUGGUGGAUGGGACGGCUACAGAUCUGAGUCUCGUACCGGACUCCGUUGCGAUGAGAACACCCCUUCUGACAGAGCCUGCCAUGCCAACCGGCUUCAACGAGGCUCUACCCACCCAUCCGAGCUUUCCCAAACUAAGCCACAGCAUGGGCAAGUGGGACGAGAUUCUGUUGGGCAUGGUAGAUGAAGCUCGACUGCAGCACCGCCGUGGCCAAUUCGGCACGAGCGAACCGUCUUUGCGAAGCCUUCUGUCCGACAAAUCCACAGAUAUUCUCGCUUACCGACUUUUUCACCAUAUCAGUUACUAUCAGUCUAUACCACUACACAUUCUGCUUUCAGUAUUCUGGGUCCAGUAUCUCUCAUUGAGGUGGUACGUGCUAGGAACCCAGGCCGCUUUCCUUCGGAUUCCUGAAUUCAUGAGACCUACCGGCUUGGAGAAACGUAUUCAGCACCGGCCUUGUAUUGGGAUGCUAGUAUGGCCUGACUUGCGACGCGCAUUGAUUCGCGACUCGCAUACAGUCGACCCCGAGCGCAUAGGCAUUGAGCUGAUAGAACACAUGGACACUACGUGGUCACCGACUACCCGCGACAGGGGCGAUCUGAUUGGCAGUACGGACGUGUUUGCCAUGAUUGAGCAUCAGGCGCAGAGAAUGGAGACUUGGAAAGUCGACCGGAGGUUUCAGGAGAAAUACGCCCAGUUCGCAGAUUGCCAGCUAGGGUAG